GCUCUGAAAAAAAUGCUGUCUCUCUUCCUCUUAUUCGAAAAACCGUCGAAAAGUGCGGUUCAUUUCUGAAAUUCAAGAAGUUUUUACUUUUGUUUUUCAAAUAAUAUCAGGGUCUUGUGAUCGUUUUGUGCCUUCUAUAACACUGCCAUCAUAACUAAGAACAUGUCUGCUUUAGCUCAAGAGAAAGUUUGGCUGGACAAGAAUGUCUACAGUGAUGCUGAAAGGAAUUAUUAUGAAUCGUUGUCAAAGGUACGAGUUACUCCACUUGCAUUAACUCAGUCUUCUUUAGCCAAUGAAGUGGCAAAGGCAAGACAGCAUAUUAAAAAUUCACUAGAAUGUAUGGAUAGUGUGGCUGUCCUCGCUGGGGUACCAAACACUGAACUAAACAGCAAAAUAAACUCAUUGGAGAAGGAAAACUCAGAUUUGAAGAAAGCAAUGGAUGACUUACGUAAUCUGGUGAUCAGUCUACAAACAAGAGUUGAUUUGUUAGAAAAGAGCGGCUCCAAAGUUGAACCUUCAAAGCCCGCCCCAGCCAAACCUGCUCCUGCUGCUGCGGCUCAAGACUCUGACGACGGAGUUGACCUGUUUGGUUCCGACGAUGAAGAGGAAAGUGCUGAAGCAGCGAGAAUUAGGGAGGAACGGUUAGCUGCCUAUAAUGCCAAAAAAUCUAAGAAGCCAGUUCUGAUCGCAAAAUCCAACAUAAUCCUGGAUGUAAAACCAUGGGAUGAUGAAACAGAUAUGGCAGCUAUGGAACAGGCAGUUAGAGCCAUAAGUACAGAUGGCCUUCUAUGGGGUGCAGCCAAAUUGGUGCCACUGGCCUACGGCAUCCACAAACUGCAAAUAUCUUGUGUAGUGGAAGACGACAAGGUUUCUGUGGAUUGGCUCACUGAAGAAAUUGAGAAAAUUGAAGAUUAUGUUCAGAGUAUCGACAUAGCUGCAUUCAAUAAAGUUUAAUAUGUAAUAAAACUUCUUGAUUUGUAA